AAACAAAACCAAAAAUCAACUUCACCGCCCACUUUAAAGCAAGCAAGUAAUAUAAACUUGUGGCGGUGUUUACCGUUGGCUUUCUUUCUUAUUAAUUCUCCCUUUGUUUCAUUUCUUCAUUUCUUUGUCCCAAGUUAUCAAACUAUAAUCCCACUUCUUCUUUGAUUUGGUUUUACAAAAAAAGAAGCUAUAUAAUUUCACCUACCCAUUAACAAUCUUUGAUUCGACAAUGUGCUUUUUGUUCUUGACCAUUUAAAUCUUCUAAGCAAGUAUUGAUUCUUUCUGAUUUUUUCAUUGUGAAUAUUCUCUUUUUCCCUACUUUACAUUCUGUUUUGCAUAGGUUCUUUUCUUAGCUCCCUUCAAUUGCAUUCAAUCAAGAAUCAAAUUCUCUACUUAAAUUCCAAUAGGAUAUCUUUACUUCUUGGAGUUAUUCUUCAAUGGAGAACUUUGUGAAGCCAGAGUUCUUCUCUCUUCUUCAUCAAGAAUACCCCACAAAUCACAAGAUUAUGGCUAAUUCAAGUAUGUAUCAAUUUGCCGAAUCUACAAGUUCAAGCAAUAAUGACGUGGAAGAUCCAGAAGUUUCUGAUUCAGAGAGUUCUGUUGUUGGUUCGGAACAUCAAGAAAGAACCACUGGUUUGAUGAGAAUUGAUGAAGGUGACAGGUUACAUGGAAUUAUAAGCAAGAAGUUAUUAUCUGGUUUGGGUUGUUUUGAAUCAUCAACGCAAGUUACGGCAAUUCAUAAAGAAACUUGCUCUAGUUUCACCAAGCAAGCGAAACUUCAAUCUUUGGUUAUUUUUUCUAAAGCUGUGGAGAAGAAAAAUGGAGGAAAUGCUAAUGUGAAGUAUGCUUGGUUUGGAGCUUCGAAAGAUGAGAUUAACAACAUAUUAUCACAUGGUUUUUCUCAUCCAUUGAAUAAUGGAGCUUAUUCUCAAGCCAUAUGCCUUUCUCCUGAUGAUAAUCCUCUCGAUUGUCUGCAAACUGCUGUUCCUGAUAAAAAUGGGAUAAGGCAUCUAUUGCUUUGUCGUGUGAUAUUGGGAAAAAGUGAAGUUGUUCUCCCUGGAACAGGACAGUGUCAUCCAAGUUCUGAAGAAUUUGAUACAGGGGUUGAUAAUUUACUUUCUCCUAGAAAGUAUAUUGUGUGGAGUAGUCACAUGAACAGUUAUGUCUUCCCAGAAUUUAUGGUCAGUUUCAGAGUUGCACCUCAUGUCAAAGAGUCUCAAAGGAAUGGAGUUCCUAUUAGAAAUCCAAAAUCACCUUGGAUUACAUUUCCUUCACUGAUAUCUGCUCUAUCGAAAUUCUUGCCGCCUCACACUGUCAAAUUGAUUACGAAAUAUCAUAGCGAUCACAAGGAGAGGAAGAUCACAAGACGAGAUUUGAUUCAGCAAGUGAGGAAACUAGCAGGAGAUGAGUUGUUAACUGCAAUCAUCAAGUCCUGCAAGAAUAAGCAUAACAAAGGAUCACCUGGAAACUCAUCCAGCACCAGCUCAAUUAAAUCUGACCAAAGAGAUGGAAGAUGUUGUGCUUGCCGAAAGAGUUGAAUAAUUUUCUGGACGAAUAUAUGGAUGGAAGCAGAGAUAAUGAAACGUUGUAAGAUCGACACCUACUAACCAAAGCUAAAUGUGUGACACAAAGGAGGACUAGCUGCUGUGAUUCAUGCGAUGAAAAUGAUAUCUUCUGACAAAUUAGUCUUUGACGUUUAGCUCAAUUCCCCUCUAACCUGUGUUGCUGUAUCUCUUCACACGCUGUUUUUUGCUUUGUACCCCAAAGUUGUCUUAGAGCAACAGUGUCUACCACCAAUGUAAUAGAUAGUUGUAAUAGUUGAUCAAUUCUUGUUGAUGGAAGAGUAAACACCAAAUUACUAUCCAA